UUCGUCCGCCUGCUUUUGUUUUGAAUAAACAUUCAAUCAGAAAAUGUGAUGAAAAAAUUCUGACGAUUGCAUUGAAUUAAAUUCUAGUUGAUUUAUCUAAAUUAUGAGUAAUUAUUCAUGUUAAUUAAUGAAAGAGGAUAAAUAGAUUGAGGUGAUGGCGACGGUUUCACUAUUAACGACUCCACAGCCACACUUGGUGCCUGGGUAUGCGGGCUUCUGUCCGCAGUAUCGAUACCGGUGUGGCGAAACUUACGGGAAUGUUACGCAUAAACUUUUGUUGGAUCCAACGAUCGAUCACUCGGAGACGAUGGUCCUGUCUAAUCGAGUUGCCGAUGAUUAUGAGGUGAUGAGACCACCCAAGGAUGAUUUAGACAUCGUGACCGCCCGCACGAAGCGUAUGGACGCAACAUACAAGUAUCCGAUGUUACCGGGUUACCAAGGAUUCAUGCCGAAUCUGAAUGCUCGAUUGGGUCAGAGGUACACGAUAUCGGCUAUCGAGGGUCUAGCGGAAUUUGAACGGCAACAGCUCAAGGACAAAGCAGCACUGAACCACUUGAGGAACGUCACUGCACUUCAGGGUGGGAUGGCGGACCCCAGGAGUUUAGCUGAACGCAGAAUGAAGAAGACUGAAUUCAAGAUGCCAUUGAUCACAGUGAGACCCGAUUGGGCCAGGAUGAUGAGAAAUUUGCCUGUUGAGGAAGCCUGUCAUCCGCCCCCGAGUCAAAAUCCAUCGCCUUAUUUCAUGGAAAAUACUAAUGAUGAAAAAUACUUUGUCAAUGGAUAUACCGGACAUGUUCCGCAUGGUUAUGAACACUUUGGCGGAUCCCACAAACCGAUAACAAAUAGUGCGUUAUGUGAAUUUACGACUAAUUAUCGGACGAGACAGAGCGCUGAGUGGGCACCGGCAUCCAUUUCUCGACCGAAUCCGCCUCUUCUUAUUCAACCACCCGAAAUCUAUCAUAAACACGUGGGAAUGAUUCCCAAUUAUCUGGGGCAUAUUCCCGGCGCAGCUUUCAGAUACGGUAAGACAUUUGGAACGGACACUCGAGACGCAAAGAGAUGGCUACGAGGGGACUUCUCUCAUUAAUCAACAUUUUAAUAACAAUGUGCAAAA